ACUAUAUCACACAAGUGAGACCAAUUUAACGGAGUGGCUUGUUUAACACGUCCUUCCUCUUCCUCUGAAAGGAGAAGAUAGAUACGUCACAGAGCUCUCUCUCUCUCCCCCUUCUCCCUUUCUCGCCGGCCUUUUGCUGUCAGUCUUCUUUCGUUGGCUCAAUUCAUUGUUACUUUAAAUUGAUGAGAUGAUGAUGGGUCAAGGUUAUUAUGGUUAUGGAGGAGCAUCUUCACCUUCCUCUUCAAAUUUAUCGGCUUUAGCUCCUCCUUUUACUGUUGAUCGGUCUGUACCAAAAUCGGGGUCUAACCCUCUUGUUGAUUUGACUGAACCAACUUAUGCUGUUACCUUCAAUUCCUCUUUGCAUAAUUGGGUUGGUGCUCACCCUCCUAGUUCUAGGCUUGAUUACUUUUCCAUUUCAAACUCUGAAUUUGAUUCUGUGCCUUCAUCAAAUGCAUAUGGAUAUUCUUCUUCCACUGCCCAUGUGCCUCCUUUGAACCCUUGUGUUUCAGUUUCUGCCUCAACUAAUCUUCUUGAAGUCAAACCAUAUUAUCCUUCCUAUGUUUCUCCUGCAAUUGGAAGUGAUGGUUCCUUGGGAGUCUCCCACCAUUCUGGUUAUGAUUUAUUGUCUACUACUCAUGUUGCAACACCCAAUGGUUCUUCUAAUGAUGAUUACAUCCAAAGUUUGUCUGGUAUGGAGCAUUUGGCCCAGUGGAGCGGCUUGUGGGAGGGACUUGUGGAUUGGCAGCAGAGUGAACAGGUGCAGCUUGAAAGGAGUUUUUCCUCAAAUGAGAAUUUUAUCGAUCAAGGGUUAUAUGCAUCUGACAGCAUGAGUAAAUAUGAAGAAGCUUCCCAUAGCAUUGAUACAAUUGGCGGGGACAACCAUGCUGAAACUGUAGUAAUAGAAAAGUUAGAUUACAAGCCCUUCCUGGGUGAAAAUCCCAAAUUCUUACCUACUGAGUAUUCUAAAACUUCAAGCUCAACAUCUACUUUGCUAGUUCCAGAAAACUGUUCUCAGGCACCAGCCAUAAAAGCUGUCAAUUCCUGGAACCAUCAAAUGCCAUUCGGUGCUUCAUAUGAAAAAUGCUUCAGAAAGCAUGAUGCAAGUCCAAGUGAUUUUGCAACAAUCGUAAACUCUUCUUCCCCUGCUGUUGUCAUUAGACCACCAGAUACAAGUUCACCUAGAAAUAUGAACCCCGGAAAUGAUGAAGAUGAUAAAGAUUUUGCUAGCAAAGAUUCCUCUGUUGUAAAGGAGCCUCAUCCAUUUAUGAGCUCCAAAGGGUAUGUUUACUUUGAUGCCAGCCAAGUCAGCUUCCAUCUUCAACAAAAUGAUCAGGUUGCUGCUGAAUUUUCCUCGGCAAAAAAUGAAGAGCAAUCAAGUAGUGGGGAUGCUUCUGCAGAUGCUUUGAAUAAUUUUGCAAAGGGAAAACCUGGAAUUCAAGCUCCUCAUAGAAGUCUAGAUGGUUUCAAUUUGGUAGUUGAUAAAAAUGAAGCCAUCAAUUCUGUAAAAAAUCAUUCUGAGAAUUUAGAUAAUUACACCCCUGCUGUGGACUCUCCUUGCUGGAAGGGGGCUCCAGUUUCUCAAUUUUCUCAGUUUGAAGUUUCUGAGGCCGUCACUCCACAGAAUAUGAAAAAGCUAGAAGCUUGUAGUGGCUCAAAUCUUCAAAGCCAUCAAAUUUUCACUUUUAGUGCCAAUGAUGCUGUAAAGAGCUUCCCUGAAAAAACAAGCAAAAACUCAGUACACCAUGAUGCUUGGAGUUUAGGAAAUCAUUCAACUUCUUCUCUAAGAAGGCCUUUGGUUGCUAAUGUGUUUCCUAGAGAAGAAAUUGUUGAUGCUGCGAAAUCAGGACCCCAAUAUACAAACUCUAGUUGUUUCGAAGGGGUUCAAAUUUCUGAUGAUGCUGUGUCUAACAAAUCAACUGAUAAUUCUGAUCACAAACCUCAUAAAAACGAGCAACAAAGUUGUGAAGGUGCCAAAUGGACAUCUGGAAAAAAUUGUGCACCAGGUUUUGGCGCUAACAUCAAAUCAACUGAUAAUUCUGAUCAUAGACCUCACCAAAAUGAGGAACACAGUUGUGAAGAUGCCAAAUGGACAUCUGGAAAAAAUUGUGCACCAGGUUUUGGCGCUAACAUCAAAUCAACUGAUAAUUCUGAUCAUAGACCUCACCAAAAUGAGGAACACAGUUGUGAAGAUGCCAAAUGGACAUCUGGAAAAAAUUGUGCACCAGGGUUUGGCAUUGACAUUGAGAUGGAAAUGAAUGACAACCCUGAUGAUUGUUCAUCUCAUGUUCCAUUUGAUGCCAUAGAGCAUGUGUUACAUUCCCCACCUUUUGCAGAUGAUGUUCCUACUAAGCUCUCUAAAUCACAUGGAGAAGAAUCAACACGGACGAUGAAUGUCAGAACAUUGCUUGAUACGAUGCAGAAUCUGUCAGAAUUACUUCUAUUUCAUUUUUCACAUGAUGCUUGUGAAUUGAAUGAAGAUGAUUAUGGGGUCCUUAAAGGUGUGAUCAGUAAUCUUGAUUUGUGUAUGCUGAAGAAUGUGGAGACAAUGACUUCACUACAAGAGUCAGUUAUUCCUCAGAAAGCCAGUUCUCAACUUCAUGGAAAGUCAGCUAAGCUUCAGAAGGAUAUGAAUGCGUCUUUGAUUGAUCCUCCUAAUUCUGAAGCCCAGUUCAAGCGUCAGCAUGUCCAGGACAAUGAGCUAAAUACAGUUCCUGAUAAGAAUGAUGAGAAAUUGCCCAAUUUUGGUUCUUUAAGGGCUGCUGCGGACAUAUCAAUAGAUGAUAACAUGACCCAGGCUAUAAGGAAGGCCCUCAAGGAGAGUUUUCAUGUUGAGGAAGAAACAGAUCCACAAGUUAUUUUGUACAAGAAUCUGUGGCUUGAGGCAGAAGCUUUACUGUGUUCUGCUGGCUGUAUGGCUCGCUAUCAACGAAUGAAGAGUGAGAUGGAAAAAUGUGACUCACAAAAAGUUACUGGUUUACAAGAAUAUACUGCAUUUAUGGAGAAAUUAUCAAGGUCUAAGGUUUCAACUGAACCAGGCAUGAAUAAGAUGCUGGCAUCUGAUACUAAGGGUAGCCCUCAAACAGGUACUUCCAUCCCGGAGUCAUCUAUCAAAAGCAUGACCAAACAUGAAGAUGAAGUUGCUGCCCGAUAUCAUAUCUUAAAAUGCCAAGCUGAGAGCUCUAAUACUUUAAAUACUUCAGGCGUGGACAAAACUAUUGAUUUUACAUUGUUGCCUAGUUCCAAAAUUUCUUUGAAUCUGAACAACAUCGACAAAUUAGCUUGUGAAGAGAAAGAUAGCCAAAAGCCUGACUUAUCCAUCCAGGAUUCCCCCAAGUUAAGUACCAGCCAGGUAGAUGAUUUUGAAGAUUCUGUUAUGGCAAGAUUCCAGAUCCUCAAAAGCCGGGUUGAAAACGUGAAUUCCGUGGAUAAAGAAGAGCAUCAGAGAGCAACUAAUGAUCUUGGAUAUGCAGGUUUGCGAAGGCAUUGGCCAAUGUGUGAACAUGAAUCAGAGGACAGAAUUCUGAAUGUAAAUAUGGAAUCCGUGUCAGAAAAUCAUGCUGGUUACUCUACCGAAGACAAAUUGACUGUCAAGGAAUUCCGUCUAUUUGUGAAGGAUGAUCCAAUGAACAAUAGGCCAGGGGAUCAGUUUCAUGAUGGCUCUUCAGAUUGGGAGCAUGUAUUGUUCGAGGAGCUUGCAGUGCAGAACUGUUGAACCCUGAAUUACAUCCUUGACACUCCUCAAAUGGUUGAUGAUGGUAUCUUUACUGUUACUAAAUAACAUGUAUAUAUUGUUUGACUGGACAUCCAUUUUUUACUUGCUUUGAGAGUGUUGAACAUGUAAAAAGCUUCCUACAUAUAUAUGGUUAAAUAUGUAAAUAUAUAUGUUCCAAAUGUGGACAAAAGGGCUUAGGCUCGGUCUCUUUCUUCACUCUUUUCUUUCUUCAAA